UCACCUUUCAGCCAAUCAGCCGUCCUCCUUAACUCCUCUGUACAUCUCCCGUUUGCCACCGUCCACCUGCCUUUCCUCCUGAACAGUGUCUGUCUGUUCUACAACUUCGGCAAGUCCUGGAAAUCAGACCCCGGGAUCAUCAAAGCCUCAGAGGAGCAGAAGAAAAAGACUAUUGUUGAACUGGCGGAGACAGGAAGCCUGGAUCUCAGCAUAUUCUGCAGUACUUGUUUGAUAAGGAAGCCCAUCCGGUCCAAACACUGUGCCGUGUGCAACCGCUGUAUCGCCAAGUUCGACCACCACUGCCCUUGGGUGGGCAACUGUGUCGGAAGUGGGAAUCACCGCUACUUCAUGGGUUAUCUGUUCUUCCUGCUCUGCAUGAUCAGCUGGAUGAUCUACGGCUGUAUCUGCUACUGGAGGAUCCACUGCGCCACCAACUACACCAAGGAUGGUUUCUGGCUGUACCUGACACAGAUCGCCUCCUGCUCUCCCUGGAUGUUCUGGAUGUUCCUCAACAGUGUGUUCCACUUCAUGUGGGUGGCUGUGCUGAUCAUGUGCCAGCUCUACCAGAUUGCUGGUCUGGGAAUCACCACAAACGAGAGGAUGAACGCCAGGAGAUACAAGCACUUUAAAGUAACGGCCACUUCAAUCGAGAGCCCCUUCAAUCAUGGGUGUGUACGGAACCUCAUAGACUUCUUUGAGAUCCGCUGCUGUGGCCUGAUCCGGCCCAAGGCGAUAGACUGGACCACACAGUACACAAUCGAGUACGACCAGACGUCCGGGUCGGGCUACCAGCUGGUGUAGCCGAGAAGAGAGGAGAGGUGGAGCGACUGUGUCUAGAAGAGGAGGAGGGGGUUCCCCAGGGUUCAGUAUCGGAGCCAGGCUGUUCUUUGGAGCACUCCCCUCAGACCUCCUUCCUCACCCAUUCAGACUGAGAAAACCAGCCAGGAACUAGCAUGCUGUUACAGGACACCACCAUAAGACCAACACCUACUACUAGUCUAUAUGAAACCACCUCCAUUACUGUACCCACCACCACCUCCGAGCCCCUCCUGGGGGGGCCUUCUCCUCUGGUCCCCCCCCUCUCCUGCCCAUGGACGGUGCACCGCUGCCAGACGCGGCAGGGAGAGAGGCAGAGGGAGGAGGAGAAAAGAGAAUAUAAAAAAAACAAAAAUAAGGAAUCUUUAUUUGUUUGCUGUACUAGAGUCAUUAUGCUGCGGUGAAGGCAGUACGGUUGACGGCAGUAUCAUUUGUUCCCUUAUUUUUUUAGAUAAAUUUCACAUCCAUUUUUUUUAUCGUCCAUCUUGCCCUGCAGAUUUAUUUUUUUUGGUUUGUUUUUUUAUUGUUGCUCAAAACUCUAUUGUUCCUUUUAGAACUGUGGUGGCUUGGGAGACUGGGGAAGGAAGGCCUUUUAAGGAAGAAAUUGGUUGUUAAGCAGGAUUUGAUAAGGGAUGUUUACUAUGGCAUGGUCAUGUACCAUCGUUCAAGUCACCCUGAGGAUUGCUUAGAAUUGCCAAAGUUGUCAGUAUGUCGUAAAAUGGCAUUUGCAAUUGUUGGGGGGGGGGGGGUUGUUCCCAGUGGUCUCUUUCACAAGGUAUUGAAGGUGCAGAUAGGAGCGACAUCCCACUUAUAAUGUGAUGCAAGCAUAUUUAUUUUAACUCUAUUUAUAGAUCAAAUGAUGUUAUAGUAUCAUCUUAUUUUAAAUUUGUUUUUUUUUAUCAAGAAAAACAUCAGCUACAAAUUGUAUAUGGAUGUCUGACAUGGUGCCCUGAGACCUUCACUAGAAAAGUCGGCACACACACUACAAGAGUAGUGUUAGUGAGAGAUCAACUAGAGUCAGGGGAAGAUGAGGCCAUUCCAUCCCAGACUGAAUGGAUGGUUCUGGGAGUUUACAACAAAGGUUCAUUCCAAGUGUGAUUUUUUUUUGGGGGGUCCUUUUGUUUGUCUGCCUAUGACAAUGCACUGAUCACCUUUUUGUUUCCGGUCUCGCCGUUACUGAAGAAAUACAGGCGUACUCCCGACAAACACUUCAAUGUUUACCGAUUGACGGAGCUCGGGCCCAAUGAGAGAAAGGUAUAUAGCCCGAGACCUGCCCCUUCUUCUGGGUUCUCAUCACAUUUCCCGCUAGUCGUCUCUACGCAGCGGCAGCGCAAGGACGGACUGAAAUGUAAAAUAUGUCCAAUUGUACAUAAACAAUCUAGUUUUCUUCGUGAGUGAUUUUAUUUUGUCAGUUGAAGCUGCUCCUUUUUAAACGUUGAUUUCAUCCAACCAAAUGUAAAAGAGAACUCCCCGAUUAUAAUCCAAUUGUAUGACUGUAGCUUUUAGUGAUGUCCGACACUGCUGUCUAAAGGCAUUUUAACCCUGCAAACUACACUGCAUGGACAUUGGGCUGUCGCCAUACUGUUGACCCCCCAUCCAAGCUGCCCAGUGAUAGCCAUGUGUCUGUAUAUAGUGAAUGUUCAGUAUUUACAAGUACUUUCUUCGGUAUGUUCGCUUUUGUUUUUUAAAUCCAGUGUGUAUCUUCAGUGCAAGUCCUCCUUCUCGGUCUGCAGACACCAGAUAUCAAGUCUGGUCCAACCUGCCGAAGUGUAAUAUUAAUGUUCCAUGCUGGUGGUUGGAUUAUACUGGAAGUAAAGGUUUUUUCUAUGUCAUAUUGCUGGGUUUGUUACCCCACUGGAUGCAAGAGAAAUAAUGACAGUAUUUUUUUCUAAACUGAAAUCAUGCGUGUCAUCGUACGCUGUAAUCCAGGAUAACAUAGAGGUAUGAAGCAUGGGUUUAGACAUCGUUGUUUGUAUCCCCUUAUGACGUAAGAGCACGGGACGCACCAUUGAGGCGAUCUCCAUUUUUGAAGUACAUUUUCUACUUUAAUCAGUUGGCAAACUGCCACCUGGAGUGGGUUGUUGGCGAUUUACCACCACCUGCAGGUAUGGGGUGUUUGCCCACGAGUAUAAUUCAUUGGUGGUGACCUGGAUGGAAUUAUACAACCCUUCGUUAACUACUUCAAAAUGGUGAGAGUCCUCAACGGUGCUGCCUGUGCUAAAACAGGCUUUUGAGAACUAGAGUCCUGUAUGGUAUUAAAAGGUUUACCAUCUUGUGUGGUCAUGUCUACAUCAGUGAGGGACACAGGGGAUCAUUUUGCAGGCUCACCUACAUCUAAAAGGAGCUCAGCGGUCAUCAUAAACAACCUACAGGUAUAGAGCUCAUCCAGGUUCUGUUUCGGUUCCAGAGAAAUAUUCACACUAGCCUGAGUGCCACUGUUUGUACACAUGCCAAUUCCUUGUCACCCAUUGUCAUGCCAAACAUGUUUGACUUGACAAUGAGGAAUGGAGUUGUCAAGAGCACAAACUGAUCUGGGAUCAGGCUUUUCACACCGGCUCUUCCAACAAAUGUCAUUUUCCCCCCAGCUGCCACCAUGUGAAAAGCACAUGAUCAUCUACAGUGCCUCUCCGCCUUCUUCAGGACAUCACCGUAACCCUGCUUCAGAUGUUAAUAUAUUGGGCAUGGUUCAAUUUUAAUGGCUUUAAUAAUAAAAUACAUUCAAAUGUGAAAAUACACA